GCUUCUUCAUCAAUUCUUUCUUUUCUCUCCAUCAGUUUUCCUAGCUUCUUCAUUCUCUCCAUCUGCUCCAAGUUAAAUAUUAGCUAGCUACGUACCCAUGAACACUACUUCGGAUUCCAACCUCAGGCAAGUCUGUGACGGUGGCCAGCCGCUGUUGGUCAUGGCGGCGCUUCUCGCCGUGGUGGUCAUUGCGGUGGUUAUAGCGUACAUUACACGGUGCGUCCGCGCUCAGAUGGAGGGAAAUGAUCAGCCUCAGCCGCAGCAUCCCAUACUUCCCCUUGUGCGACCGCCGCUGCCCCCCGCCCGGAAGUUCUCGGAGGACGACGAGCCGACGGAGUGCUCCAUUUUCCUGGAAGAGUUCGAGGCAGGCGUGGACGUCCUACGGCUGGGGACAUGUGGGCACCUCUUCCACUUGAUCUGCAUAGAUCAGUGGCUUGAAGGUCAUUCAACAUGCCCUAUGUGCAGAGGGAUUGCCCUUUGAUUGGUAUUCUGUUGUAUGCUUAACUGUUUUCAAAUAAGAUAAUUGCCUUAGA